UUUGUUUAGCUCUUUGCUUUCAUCUACUCCUUUGUUGUCAUGCAUAACCACACUUCCAGGUGCACCUGAAAGCAGCAUGUAGAGAAACCCGAGCCCUCUGCUGGACGUGGUGGGUAUAAUCACCACGGUCCCCGUUGUCAAGAAACUGCGUCCCUGGUUGCUAUCAUGGAGGGACUGUACACAGACAGGCUCAAGUGAAACAGCGAGAAAACUGUCAACUCAGACGGAGUAUUUUGUUCUGAGUUUUUUUGAACGGCUAUUAUCCUUCGGGACAAGAAGUUGCUGUGAAUAUUUCCUGUGCAAGUUUAUCUUCGCCCUGAACAUGUUUGAAUGAGUUAGCACGGAGUACCGCUUACGUUAGCUAAAAGGACCCACCAAGCCAAGUUAGCAGCUAAGAGCUCUGCUGGGAGCUGAACCUGCAUGUCUGCCCGGUGUGAGCAAGGAUCAGUAACCUCGGAGGAUGCAAGUUCUUCGGGACAACUUCUUUUACCACUCAAACUCGAGGCUUGGAGCUGAUGGAGGCCUUGAAAAUGAGAGACAACUCUUGGUUGAGGAGCAGAAGUUAUGCAAAGCUCGAGCCCGCAAGUUUUCAUUGGAAACCACCCGACGCAGGAAGGCUCUGGAGGAAAGACGGAAGCAGUGGGAUGUGCAGGAACAGCGGCUGAGAGAGAACAUCCUACAGCAACGCAGACAGCGAGAACAGGAUGCAACUGAGCGCUUCCAAAGAGCCCAUCUACCUCCCUCUCAGAGACGUAGACAAUCUUUUAGAAGAAAUGUCCCAAAUAUUGAAGAUGCGCUCAAUCAGCUUCAAGGCACCUUGAGUUCUUACACCGAGCAGUCCUCCUUCUUGUCCAGCGCCUCUAACAUUACCAGAAGCUGCACUCCAUCUCCGAAGCCUCCCACAGUUUCUAAAUCCUCCCACCGCCAAGCACUCUCUGCUGUUGAGGCCUACACUAAACUACUUCAGGAACAGAGCAUGACUUGCUUCAAAAGCAGUCAAGAAACUGAAAAGACACAAGAGAAGCAACAAGAUCACAGUCCACAGGACAGCCACCUGUCUGAUAGCUGUAAUUCUGAAAGCCCUUCAAGUAAGGACAGUUUGGAAAAUGAGGAACCCAACCACAGCACAAAGAAUCUACAGUGUUCCUAUUCAUCAUUCUUGCUUGACUCAGAGAAGCCCCAUCGAAACCCGAGCAAGCAAAAUGAUUUGUUUCCAGCAACAGACCUAACUUUAUCAGCAAUGUUGCUUCUUGAUGAUAACUUGACCCAAUCACAAAAACAGCAUGAGUCUAAGCAGAAAAAGCAAGAAGACUCUGAAGGGCCUAACAAUAAUCACAUUUCUAAACCUUCUUGGGGGUUCACAUCUGAGCAAACACCUAAAACAGAGACCCAACCUGCUCUGCACAACUGUAACUUAUUAACUUUGUGUGAAAUUAUUAGUGCAGACCGAGAACACUUUGAGGUUAACCCCCCACAAAACAGUCCCAGUGACAACAUCAGUGUUAGAAAUGGAGUUACUCCUGACAACAGAGCACUUGAAUCUUCAUGUCCAAAACAAGAGGCUCUGCUGGAUCUCAGACAGUGGGGAGUUCAUGAUGACAGACAGUUAAAGCAUCCAUCAGCUACAGAAAUUCUUUUGCCUGCCAAAAAUGGCAACAGCAAAGACAUUUUGUUUGGUGCCCCCCCAAAGCCAAACAUUCUCUUGAAUGAUAGCACAACAGAUAAUGCCUCACAAGAAGGAACUCUUAAGAAAAUCUGCAGAGAAAGCUGCUAUCUGUCAUCUCAGAAAGAGCCUAGUUCUUCCACAAACAACCUCAAUAAGAUUUCAAACUCAGAGCCCACAACAGAGAAGCCCAUUAAUACAGCGUUGCUGCAAUGUGCAGGCCUGUCUAACAUUCAGUCAGAUACUCUUAAAUGCCUUGAGUGUCCUGAGGAGGAAGUACAAAAGUUGCCUGUUUCAGUGGGGACAUCUCAUUCAGUAUGUGAAGUCAGAUUCAUUAAAGGAAUUCUUAAAAAGCAGUCCAAAUAUAUGUCAGGAGAUGCUACUUGUGUGUAUGGCUCAGGGCAUUUGAUUUUUGCAAAACAGGUAGCUUUAGCAAUCAGAGAUAGUGUUGAAUUGACAAGGACGAAGACUAAAGACAUGGAGAGCAACACCAUCAAGAAGAAGCUGCGUUGGUUUGAUGAAGUACAUGUGGAAAAAGAGGACAAAGAACAGAGCAUAAUGAAACAGAUGAAAGGCAUGGCUUCCAAUCUUUCUCAGUCAAAGAAAAAUCCAGUAGACCACCAGCUAAGUCUCACUACAGUCUCAGGGGCUUCCAAGCCUGGACCCAGCAUGACCCUUCCAGCUUCCACUGGUUAUCACUUUACAAAGCAAGCGUGGGCAGAUGUUGGGGUUCAAGUGAGCUUACCCCAGGAACGAGCAGACGAGGUCAAGGUGCCACGGAGCAGCACCAGGACUAGUGGCCCCAAGGUCCCUCGGAGAGAGCGCUCUGCCAGAGUUGGAGCGGGUCCUGUUUCCUCACGGACUAGAAAGGGCACUGUUAUACGACCUCAAUCUGCCACAGAGGUGAAUCAGAUUGCCAAAACCCAAGGGAAGAUCAUCGUGCCCCGCCCACCUCCUCGGAUAGAAUCUGUGGAAGAAAAGAUGGCUUAUAUCACUAAGACUCCAUAUGGUAUGGAUCAUGCUAGUGUCAACUGUAAACAAGCUCUGGUUCUAGAGCAGGCCCUGCACAAGGACACCUCAGGAGGCUUUUUCUCACCAUACACGCAUCAUCUAAUCAGAACAGAUAGUACUGUUAUGUACACACCACUGCCACCCUCUUAUACAUGCCCCAUCUCAGAGGGCAACACCAAUGGCACGCCCAGCUCAGGUCAUCAGGAAACUCAGGGCUCCAGUAGAAGGAGAGGGAUGGUGUUCAGUGAAAAAGGCCUCUGUUUAGAUUGCACUCCCACAGAUGAGGAGAUCUCACAGCUCUGGCACGGUGUCCGCAGUGCCUUAGCCACCAAGGACGCAAAAUCCAUGUUUAGAAGACAGGCCCUGGAGAGUGGGAGGGCUGGGAGGAAACCCUGUGUAGAGCAGAGUAGACAGUCUCCUGGCUCAGGGAACAGAAGGCUUCCUCAGCCCUCUCAGCCAACAAAACAGUCCACAGAGCCAGUCAGAAUGCUUUCCAGUACUUAUGGCGUGGCUUUUACAGAUGAAGGACUGGAGAGUGCAGCCCAGUUACACCUGGCUGAAGUACAUACCAAAGGCCCUUUGGAAGAAAGAGACAUUGUAGUUGCCAUGAAAACAGCCCAAACACAGAGUGCAGGAGCAGCGCAGCAGCGCAGCCAACAGCAGGGACUCACCAACAUUUCCUUGGAAGAGCAGAAAAUCCUACUCUCUCUGGAUAGACUUAACCACCAGUUGCACUGUGUGCAGGAACACACUGGGAGUAAUACUGGCAACCGAGUCCUCACACUCAUUGAUGCACCCUCUACAAAGGAAACAAAAGCCACAAACCACCACAAGAACCGUGCAUCCUCAGCUAACAACUGUGCUCGAUAUCAGAAGAAAUUCUGACUAAAAGCAUGUUAGGUCUACUGUGGUCUUCACUCCCAUCAGUGCAUUAUACCUUGUGUUAUACUGUGUAACCAACCAUUUAGUCUCCUUUAAAACUAAAUGUGCCUACUGGGGUAUCUUAAGGAUCUAAGAAACCUGCCACAAUGGACUGUAGAGAUAAUAACAGCAAAAUUAGACCAAUAUAAAUUUUCAAGUUGGUGUGUUGAAAUUAGUUUUGUAUUUUCACCAUCUGCUUAGGCAAAAAAAGUACUUUAGCUUUUGUUAAGCCACUUACUCUUGAGCAUUCAAAUUCUAAGUGCCUAUGAAAAUGAUACUGGCUUUAAUUUGUUUUAUUUCAUAAAUGCAAAUAGGCCCUUCUUUAAAUUGACACAUGACUAGAAUUGACUGCAAAAUAUACACUGUAAAUUUGUAUAUAAUUGAUAUUUAUUUUUCGAAGCUUAUUCUGUAUUUAUUUUAUAUAGUAAAACUAUAAUUUGAUGGAAACUAUUUUGGGAUUGGCAGUGAACUGAAUAAAGCUUGUUGUCAAUGUGCUGAUAAACUGACUGGGUGCUGUUUGUUUGGCACUAUCACUAUUUCCUCAGUCAUGAAUAGCACAGUCAAUAAAUGGACUGAGGACCGGAAAUGGUUUAUAAAGAGAAGUGUUGCAACACUGAAGGUGUGUUUCUCUUCCUUUGACGGCUUUAGAAAGGACAAAUUG